AUGACAGAUAAGCUUCCUCCACCUUUGUUAGCACUUUUUCAAGCACGUCCGCCUUUGAGAUAUCUUCCUCCAUGUGAUAUUGCACCAUCUUUACGGAGGACUCCAAGGAUCUCUGGAAUUGCUCGAUAUGUGCCUUUACUGGCAGAUUAUGACAAAGACUAUCAGCCUACAGAGUCAUGGCUGGAGAAACGUGAGCGUCGUCGUGAAGAAAAGAAAAAAAUACAAGAAGAAGUUAUUCGUAAGGGCCUUGCAGCAUAUCGCCCUAGACAAGAUCCAAAUAUCAAGGGAGAUCCGUACAAAACACUUUUUGUAUCUCGAUUAAGCUAUAAAGUGACAGAACAAGACUUGAUGCGUGAAUUUGGUCGAUAUGGUGCAAUUGAGAGAAUCCGCCUAGUAACAAAUGUGAAAAAUAAUAAACCUAUGGGGUAUGCGUUUAUUGUAUAUGAACGGGAAAGAGAUAUGAAAGCUGCUUACCGGGAAAUGGAUGGUGUGCGUAUCAAAGAUCGCCGAACAAUAGUUGAUGUUGAGAGAGGCAGAACGGUAAAUGGAUGGAAGCCUAGGCGUCUAGGUGGAGGAUUAGGAGGCAGGGGGUAUACAAAAGGAGCAUUGAUCCGUCCUUCAGCAUACAGUGAUCGUGGAGGACGAGAUGAUAGAUAUCGAGGUAGCGGAUAUCGUGGUUCAAGCUAUAAAGAUCAUCCUGGAGGAGUUCAUGGAAGUUUUAGGUCAUCAUUAAGUGAUAGAGGUGGGUCUAGUGACAGGCAUAGAGGAUCAAGGUCUGGUAUUGGGUAUAAGAGUUCUGAUAAAGAUUUGUUUAAAAGUGGGCGCCAAGAAUCUUUAUCCGGACAGAGUGGCCCGCAUUAUUCAGAUGUUCCUACAGGAACGCCCACUGGACCUUCUGGACAGGGUUCAAGUGCAUCUCGUUAUAAGAGUCAUGAAAGUACGGAUGCUAAAUACGGAAGUAAUACGGAUUACUUAUCUAGUGGGCAUCAUGAUCGUAAAGAAUCAGAUAAGCAUAGUAAAUCGGAUCAUAAGUAUGAACAUAGUGCUCGUGAUGAUAGAAGACGAGACCAUGAGGGUUAUGGUCGAGAAAAAGACAAAGAUCGUUCUCCUAAAAGAAGGAGAUAUUGA